AUGACUGGAGCUGUUAUUCCUAUUCUUCAACAAGAAGCUGCUGACCAGAUUAGGAUGAGAGGGAGGCCUAAUUCAUAUGUUGUUCAAGCAAUCAGUCCUCCGCCGUUUGCUACACCAGUGAAUAUACACCCUGAAAGCAACACAGCUAUCCCUGGGGGUUUACCGACCAACCAACCACCUCCAGAGCCACGAUACAAUUCUCAAUCCUCCAUGAAUCGGGUUUAUAUGAGUGAAGUAGAAACACCAAUACGCGGCUCAUCUUUCCAAGAAAAUCGUGAUCAUUUCAUCAGAAUGUUUGAUCAAAAACGAUGGAACUACCCAGGCGAGGAGUUACAAUCCAUAGAGACCCAACUGUACGACUCUAGAGCUUUAGUGAUCGCAAUUCACUAUGGCGGCAGCGAUCCUUUGCCAGCAACCUACGUAGAUGCACUGAAUAUCACACAUGUUCUCGUUAAAUUCGGGUACCACCCAAAAUGCAUCCGAGUCCUUGCUGACCAAGUCGAUGUUCGCGACCGUAAAGAUGAUCGGUGGCCAAAUAAAGACAACAUCGUCUCCGGAUUGAAGUGGCUAGCUGAAGGAACUGUGCCUGGAUGCAAACGAUUCUUGUUUUUUGCUGGGCAUGGGCAUCGCCUUGUGACGAGUGAAGAGGGUGUAUGCUUUACUCGUGAAGGAAUACUACCUAAGGACUUCUUGACCUACACCACUAGAAGCGGGCAGGAGGUUCCUGACCCUAAGACUGUGCUAUUUGAUGAUGAGCUUAACCAGUUAUUAGUGAAGAUUGGAGAUGGAACUAGACUUACGAUAUCCUGGGCUGCCUGCGAUGGAAGUCAACUGGCACGAGAAGACGCUAACACCGGAGGAAGAUUCACUAGUGCAUUUACUGAUGGAAUAUUCAAAGAGGAAGAGGGCAUUUCCCAGCUCACCUACAGAAUUCUAAACCGACGCAUACAAGCCGAAUUUGAUAAUCACAACAAGAAGGCCAACGAUGUUCAGGAUUCCGCUGCUUCUGCAAGCGGACAAAGUCCCGCCAUAAGAGCCAGUAAGACACAAAACGCAAUUCAGAAAGAUGAAAAUUUUCAGUAUCCCAAGCUAUACGUUUCCAAUAACAUCGCGAAUAUCAUAGCUGAUAGAGAGAUUGUGCUUUAG